GGCAGGCAGCGUCGGCCCCUUCUUCGUCGACGCCGACGAUUCGGCGGGCCAGGUCGCCGAGGCGGCGGGCCCCCAGGCGCUGGGCCAUGGGGGGCAAUUGAUUGCGAAGCUCCAGUUGGCGAAGGCGCCCGCCGCUUGGAAGCUGGGCGCCCAGGCGCACCGCGCGACUGCGGAGCUGAAGAAGCUGACAGACAAGGGCAAGGACCAGUGGAGCAGGCUCAGCAUGCACAUGGUGACGUACGAGCUCGCGAACAAGCUCCGCGAGUCCAACUUCUUCAGCGUCUCGACCGUGGACGUCAAGGGCGCCUCCGAGCGCCUGCGCCAGUCCAUGGAUAUACCGCCCGUCGCCACGAAGACCUCGCGCAACAGUGCAUUCCAGGAUCGCGCGACAGUCGAGGUCCAGUCCAGCGGGCCUGCGCCCCCCGCGGAUUUGACUGGGCUCCACUUUGCGGGCGUCGCGGUGCUCGAGAAGGCCGCGACGUUUCGCCGCGUGUUCGUCGGCGGCGCGCGCGUUGCAUUGAUCGUGGGAGGCCGCAAUUAUAUGGAUAUGCUGGUGGAGGUGUCUGCCUGGAUGGCUUCGCCGAUGAACGAGCUGCUGGCCGCCGCUGAGGUGUUCUGCGAGGACGCGUCGCAGUUCUCGGGCGCGCCGGGCCCCGCGGUGGGCGGCGUCGCCAAGGUCUGCGACCCG